AUGGAGAAUCGUCGCGGUGCUGAAAAAUGCCAUCAUGAUGCUUCCGUAGUGUCGAGUCACUCAGACUCCGAGUCAAGCAACAACCAGCAUGCGCCCCUUUUGAAUCUCACAAAAAGACCGCCAGACUCGCCUGCGUCUCGAGAGACCAAAUGGCGUGCCAUAUCCAACAACUUUUCCGCCACUCAACACGCUGCUAUCCCCGGGGGAAACACUCAUGAAAAGAAUGUACAAGUCCGAGAUCCUUCCAUGUCCGAGUUCGAACGGCGGUCUUUGGCCCAGCGUCAGCGUCACGAGCGUGAACGCCUCCAGUGUGAGGCACGAGGAGUCGGUGAGCAGCCAGAAUGUCUCGCACAGGCUCCUCAUAGCCCUGAGGCUGAACAAGGGACACGGGCCACCACAGCAUUUGAACGCCGUUCUCUUGGACAAAAGAGACGCCACGAACGUGAGCGACAGCAACGUGAAGCUCAGCAACCACCAACCACUGGAACACCUGGAUCGGCUGCUCGCGAAUGCGAACCUACUCCUAGAGCCAUGGAAGUUGAUGAACUCCCACCUGCACACCAACAUGAUCAUCGCCCUGAUGGGAUGGACAUUGACCUGCUGCCGCAAGCUGCAAAUAUCUCAGAGCCUGUUGACAAUCUCCACAACCAUGUUCCACCUGCUUCGCCGCAAUUUCCUGCCACAAUUCCACCACAACAGUUCGUUCCUCUUCCUGUUCGCCCCGAUCUUCCUCUCACAUGA